AUGCGCUGGGCGGCAGCAACUCCGCCACCGGCGCAGGGGGGCGCGCCGCCCGCCCCGCGCCCGCGCAGCGCCGCGGCUUGGACACACCGCCCUCUCCCGGCCCUGCCCUCCGCGCCCCCCCGCGCGCGCGCGGACGCCGCGUCCGCACCACCCCGGCGGCCGCGGGGGCUCUCCCGUCGCCUUUGUCUGGCGGCGCCGCCGCCCCGCGCAGCACCCGCGCAGCGCCCCGGGGUCGCGCCGCCGCCCGCCCCUCGCCUCGCCGCCCGCCUCGCCGGGCGCCCCCACUUCCCCGGCGGCUCCCCCCGCGGCCGCCGGCCGAGUGAGCUCACCCGGCCCCCGGCCGCCGCCGCCGCGCCGCCGCCGACCAAUCAGCUCCGCGCCGCCCCGCGCCGCGCCCCCAUUGGUCCGGGCGGGAAGCGGGGCUCGGACCGGCGCGCCGCGGUGGGGUGGGGGGGGACGCCCCCCAUCCCCGUUCCCGGCUGUCCCCAUCCUUAUUCCCAUCCCCAUCCCCUCCGCCGAGCUCCGCCGGCGCGUUGUCUUGCGCGGGGCUAUCUCUCCCGCCGGUGCCUCCAUCCGCCGAGCUGGGGGUCCGCUCCCUUGCGUUCAAAAGCACAGCCAUCCCUCCCCGCAGCCCCGCCGGUCCCCGCCGGCCUGGGAGCGGAGAACUCGCCGUGCCCCUUCCUCCCCUACUUGCGGGCCGGGCUGCGCCGAGCCCUGAGCGGGCGCUUGCGGGGACAGCUGCCCCGACACUAUCGCAUCUUCCGCCCGGGCAGCGGGGCGGGAGACGGAGAGCCCCCGGUACAGCGGUCCCGACUGAGCUGCUGGGGAGAACGGGGGAGUGACCGGGGGAGUUCCUCUGGUAAAUCCUCUGGAGCAGACGGGACGCUGUUCCGCUGCUGCCGGACCCCCGGGGGCGGUGGGGAGCGGCUCGGCCCCCGCCGCCACGUCUCAAACUUCGGGGAAACGCGUUUCGAUCGCCCCCCCCCCACCCGCCCCUUUUCCGCUAGGACCAGCUUUUUAUCCCGGCGAGAGAAAUCCAGACCUCUCAGGAACAACCAGAAGAGCGAAACAAACAAGAAACCGCAGAAGAAAACAUUGGAAAGGCGGCCGGGAGAUAAUCCAGGAAUGCUUCAGAUAAGGAAAGGCGGGGGGACUACACGUGCGGAGAUACCCGAAAAGUCAGAGCCUGAUAGAACGGCUGGAAGAGGGACAGGGGGUGGGGGGGAAACCCGCACUUGUUUAGAGCCUAUUAAAGGUCACAUCAGGCUGGAGGGUGGGGUGCGGGUGAUGAUAAAAGGAGUUUAAGAACGAGGGGUUUAAGCGCGCAGAUGAAGCGCAGCGCCAGGAUUUGGGGGGUUUGUUUACUGGUUCCCGAUGCAGAAAACAAAAGAGCGGCGGGUCCGUCCGGAGAGUGAGCCCGAGGUCAGCCCUGCGCCCACCGCCGGCGCAGCUCGGGCCCUGGGUGCCGCGGCCGGCCGGCGCCCCGGGAGUCCGCGGGGGCCGGGGAACGGGAGCUGCCCGUUCCCCCACGGCCAGGCCUGACGCUUGCAGAAGUUAUGGAGGGGUUUGAGUAAUUAAAUGGAGGGCUUAAUAAAAUAUUUCCUAAUAAAAUUUAAGGUUGUCUUAAAAGUUUCCAACAGCGUUAUAUUUUUUUUUCUUAAAUAAAAUUAACUGGGAAAUUGGUUACUGGCCGGAAUUUUCGAGACUUCAACGGUGACAGCAGUGCCGGCGGCGGGAGUGAAGGCACCCGCACACAAAAGGAGUCUUUCAGGGACAAAAGUUGCCACGGCUGCCAGGUUUUCCCCGCGGUGACACCUCGGGGUAGCCCGGGCAAGGCAGCGCAGAGCCGACCUGAGCCUUGCACUUCCUAUUUCACAUUACAAAUAGAACAUUUCAGCCUAAAAUCCGUAGACUAACCCCUGGACUGGUAACACCAUCGUGUUGGUGUUGUUGAAGGUUUUUUUUCUUGCACGAUUUCGGUUCUACAAGUUCAUUUUGGGUUAAUUUGGAAACGCUGCUCCGCGCCGGGGUUCGCGACGGUCCCUGCCUUUGGCCCAUUCGCCCCCUGGCACUCCUGUACUCCCUGCCUAUGCCAAACCCUCUUUCUUUCCUGUCGAUAUUCCUGUACUUCUCGUUGAAUUAAAUAAUAAUAACAGUAAAAGAAAUUGCUGUAUAAAACUGUGGCUGCUUUAUUUAAAAAAAAAAAAAAAAAAAGAAGAAGAAGAAGAAGAAGGAAAAUAAGAAAAAAAAAGAAAAGCCUCUGGGCUGCUCUGCAUCCCAAGGAUUGAGCUGUUGUGCCGUCUACUGGGAGACAGGAAAACUACAACCAGAAACGCUUCCAAGUUUUCUGCGAGAGAAAAGUCCAGUUUUCGGCAAUUUGAAGGGGCCAGAGACGCCCAAAUCUUUAGUAGAAGAAUAGCGACCCGAGACAGAAAAGUCGUAGAGACACUUAUUUUUUCCUUAGGCUACACCUGUAUAAUUGCAUAAAAACUCCACUCUUAAGUGUUUAGGAUUUUACUGACUGCAGACCGUGGAGCAAUGAUAUGGUGAAGAUGGUUUAAGUUUACCCGUGAGAGGCAAUUGGACAUUAGCUAAAUAUGUAGGAAAGAGGAAUUUUUUUUUUUAAACAAGGGGAAAAUAUUUGCGAAUGGUUUAAAAACUUCUCUCCCCGCGACCAGCCGGCUGUAGCCUGCGGGCAGACGGAGAUCCCAAUUCGGGCAGCUCCCAUCCCGAUGAUGCUCUCGGAGAGCAGCGGAGGCAAUCACUUUGAUUCCAGUCCUUGGUGGAGCAGCAGGAGGGGAGUUUACGCCGGCCCAACGUUAGUCUCGGUUUAGAGGAAGCAAUGACGUUGCUGUUCUAAGUUCCCGAACCUUUGCCCGUGCCCGAGCCGCGGAUGCUCCUAGGCAGAUGCCGCCUAGCCGGGUAAUUCCCCUCUCCCCUCUCUCUGCCCACUUGCUUCUUCACUCCCAUGGCCCCUGGAAUGCUCUCCUCAAAAAUAAAAAGCGCAAGAAGAGAUUUUUAAAAGGGCGGGGGGGAAAGCUUUUGUGGUGGGUUUUUUGUUUGGUUUUUGUUUGUUUGGGGUUUUUUUUUUGUUUUGUUUUUUUGUUUAGAAAACCCCCCAAAUUCCAAACUUCUAAUACGAACCCUUUACUUUUAUGAUGCGAGAGCCGCAGAAGGGCUGUGAAAUGCAAAGUCUUUGUCUUAUUUACAGACAGUGUCAGCAGCCGACUGGACACGCAGAUAAAAAUCUAGUGGUCUACGUGAACUCCAAGGAAUGUUUUAAAGCAAGGAUCUCUAAGCGCCUAUUCUCAGUCCACACAUAUGCCCGCACGUCGCCUACAAAGACGGAGACACCCACGUAGCCGAACAAUAGUGGGGAUUUCUUUUAAUAGGUUAAAUGAAGGUAUAAGCAAAUCCUCCUGCCACUUGUGGCACACCAGCUCCGACUGCUCUUUGCCUUCAGAGCCACUUGCCAGAGUUCAACUGAGGGUGACAUUAGCCUAAAAUAUUCGAUACUUUUUCUUUUCUUCUGGAGACUUUUCCCACUCCUUCUGGGCUAAAUUUAGCUCCCAGUUCAUCUCUGCGGGUAAAAUUGCUGUCUUUGAAGGAAACAGAACACUGCCUAAUCUUUUUAGUUUUAUUUUAUUUUAUUUUAUUUCAAUCAAGAAGACAUUACAGAUACUUUCCUCAGCGUACAUAAACCAGAAUUAAAUGAUUGCGUGUCCCUAGUGUAAGUCGAAGGACAUCUUCUAAAAAGUUGAACGAAGUAUUUUACCCUUUCAAAUGAGACCGAAAAAACUUGCAACAUUGUACAAGAAGCAAAUUAGUGAGUAACAAAAUAAAACCUUAAUUUGAAGCGACAUAGAAUUGAAUAUUUGUUUUUGACAGUACCUCGGCUGAACUAGAGCAAAGCGGAGUUUUGUCAGAGCUUUUCUAUUUGAUGUUUCCCUCCAAACUAAUUUUCACUAUUACUCCAUUCCUAUUACCUAAGUCCAUCUGCAGCUCGGCUAAUGAGCCCAUUUACUGCAUUAGUUCGGCGUGCCUCUGAUGCCGAUCGCAGAGGAUGGGCACUCAUCAGAGCGGGGAUAUGGGGCUAUUCAGCUCGGUGGGAUGGGAGGGAACCCGGGGUUCUCUGCAGGCUCGGAACUCUCGGAGGGGGCUUCCCGCAAACGAUACCAU